GGUCGGUUUGUUGGCUGGCCUGGGUGUUGUCAGUGUUGUUCUUCUGUGCUCGUGAAAUCUUUGGUUACCAUCAUGUCUGCUUUGAAAGACGUUGUGUCAUUGUAUCAACUUUUGAAGUCGGAUUGGACAAAGAAACCACCGAAUUUGGAGAAAUGUGGCGACCUUCUGAAAAAAUUGAAGGUGGGCCUCACAAAUUUGAUGUUUUUGCCAACUUCAAAUGCAACAGCACCACAGCAAGAGUUGCUGAUAGCAAGAGAUAUUUUGGAAAUAGGAGCACAGUUCAGCAUAGCUGUGAGAGAUAUUCCUUCAUUUGAACGAUACAUGGCCCAGCUGAAGUGCUAUUACCUUGAUUACAGGAAUCAGUUGCCAGAAUCUGCGUACAAGUAUCAACUUUUGGGCCUCAAUUUGUUGUUCCUUCUGUCUCAAAAUCGAGUGGCCGAAUUUCACACUGAACUGGAGCUGCUUCCCGCUGGUCAAAUACAGAGCAACGUGUACAUUCGUCAUCCACUGUCAUUGGAGCAGUACGUCAUGGAGGGCAGUUACAAUAAGAUCUUCCUAGCCAAACGUAAUGUUCCUGCCGAGAGCUACAACUUCUUCAUCGACAUCCUUCUAGAUACGAUACGUGAUGAGAUUGCUGCGUGCCUGGAGAAGGCAUUUGAGAAAAUCUCUCUGAAUGGGGCUGCUAGGAUGUUGAACCUCCCAAACUCAACUGCGAUUAAGGAGUAUGGUACCAAGAAAAACUGGAGUCUUGGAAGAGAUAAUUACUAUUAUUUUGGUACUGAGGAGAAGAAACGGGAUGAUACUUUGCCUUCCAGUGAACUUGCUGAACAAGCAAUUGAAUAUGCAAGGGAACUGGAGAUGAUUGUGUAACUGUGGUGACAAGAUUGCAAUAAAUUAUUCAGGUUUGCUGUUCA